AAACGCGGGAUAGCAGUGCCCACAGUGAGAAAUUGCUGUUAAAUGAUUGGACUGUCAAGGCCGCUUUGGGAUCGUCCUCGUCUUGCGGCAGACAGGGGGGCUUCACUUUCUUGACCCUGUUCCUUUUCCUCACCCCAGCAACAAGCCAAUAUUGGCCUUCGACUUGUUUCGCCCAAAAGCCCCCUCUUCGCUUUGUUCUCUUUUUGAACCCUUGUUUUCUCCCCUCGAUUGCGACGUCAUUCAACUUUUUACAAGACCUUACCUCUCUUCAAUUUUGUCCAUUGACACACUCUCCACUCUUAAACUCUUGAACUCUGUUUCUGUACUUGACUUUCUUGUCAGUCGUUGCUUACUGCGAUCGUUUCUGCAACGUCAUUCUAUCAGCGCAACAACAGUUGACGAUUCUUACUAAACCAGUCAAGCCUACAACUUCACACCAACUUGCUUCAAAACUGUCAUCAUGUCUACUCCUCGUAUCAAGCGUCAAUUCGCUGGCGCCUCUGCCGACCCAUCUCAACGUCAAAUCACUUCCUUCUUCAAUACCAGAUCAUCCGAUGAGUCUGCAAUUGCUGAGGCCGACAAGCCCAUGCAGCCUCCUCUUCCUUCAAACGUCCAGGCCAAUCUACUCAGCGUUGGUAUGCGAGUCCGCAAGUCCGUACCCGAAGGCUACAAGACAAAGGGCACCAGUGCUUUCAAGCUGUGGACAGACAAUGCACCUAUCAACACUUCAACUCCUACUGCAAAGCCACCUGGCAAGGGUGCUUCCCGAGAACUUCUCCCCUUCUGCGGAAUCAACAAGGUUGGCGGUCUCGAUACCCAGCCUGACUUCGGGGAUGAUGUACCAGAUCUCGAUGCCAUUCCCGAGCUCACCAUGUCACAAGAGAGUGCGGAAGGCGAGUCAUACGAUGGUUCUCGAAAGCGUAUUUUCGAUGAGGAUGAUGAUGAGCUUGACUCAAGCUUUGACAUGGGCAACCACGGAAACCCUCGAGUCAUGGCUAUUCCAGUUUCACGAAAGGGUGCCGGCUUAAGGGGCUUCGGCCAGGAUACCCGCAACUCAGGAUCUGAUUUUGAUGAGGCCGAUUUCCUCGUCAACCCCGAGAUGAACCUGGCCAACUAAGCUAAAGUGUUGUUCAUUGGCUCGAACAGAGCUUUGUAUGUUUCUAUGUUCACUAUGGGCUAUGUCGCGGUGUCGCAAGCUUUGGGUCAGGCGUUCAGGAUUAUGGUAUAUUAAU